CACUUCUUUUGGUUCACUAUCAUAUCAUAUCACACACACAUAAAUAGGGCUUGUGUUUUGGACAAUGGGUGGUGAGAUUAAGAAAUGGGUGGGGGUUUUUGUGGUGAUGAUAGUAGUAUUGAGUAAGUGGAACAUUGGGGCUGAUGCAGUACCCCAAGUACCAUGUUACUUCAUAUUUGGGGAUUCAUUGGUUGAUAAUGGCAAUAACAAUAACAUUGCCUCUUUAGCCAAAGCCAAUUAUAGGCCUUAUGGGAUUGACUUUCCCAAGGGACCUACUGGCAGGUUUUCUAAUGGAAAAACUACUGUUGAUGUCAUUGCUGAGCUUUUGGGCUUUGAAAAUUUCAUUCCUCCCUAUUCAACAACAAGGGGUCGAGACAUACUCAAAGGUGUGAAUUAUGCAUCAGCAGCUGCAGGAAUCAGAGACGAAACCGGACGACAAUUAGGUGCUCGGAUUAGUAUGAAUGGGCAAGUGAGAAACUACAGAAGCACAGUAUCACAAUUGCGUCAACUACUGGGAAGUGAGGCUGCUGCAGCAAAGCAUCUGAGCAAGUGUUUGCACUCGGUUUCAAUCGGCAGCAAUGACUACCUUAACAAUUAUUUCAUGCCCCGAUUCUACUCCACUAGCCGCAGAUACACACCUGCACAAUAUGCUAAUGUUCUUAUUCAAGAAUAUUCUAGGCAAAUUAGGAGUUUGUACAACGAUGGAGCACGGAAAUUUGCCUUGGUUGGAGUUGGCCAGAUUGGGUGCAGCCCAAAUGCAUUAGCCCAGAACAGGGUAUCAAAUGGUUCAUGUGUCGAAAGGAUCAACCGUGCAAACCAGAUGUUCAAUUCCAAGAUUAAAAAUCUUGUUAUUGAAUUCAACAAGAAUCUACCUAAGGCGAAAUUUGUCUACAUUAAUGCUUAUGGGAUUUUUCAGAGUUUAUUAGACAAUCCUAAUCCUUAUGGUUUCAGGGUCACAAAUGCUGGGUGCUGCGGUGUAGGGAGGAACAAUGGCGAAGUUACAUGUCUUCCUCAACAAACUCCGUGUCAAAACCGGAACGAGUAUAUAUUUUGGGAUGCAUUUCAUCCAACAGAUGCUGCAAAUGUCAUCGUUGGGAGGAGAUCAUACACUGCUGCCUCUCCCUCGGAUGCAUAUCCAUAUGAUAUUCGUCGCCUUGCUCAGCUUUGAUGUUUGGCGCCAAUUAACCAGUUGUCUUACUUGCUAGUACUUUUGUUGCAUGUAUGUCAUUUUCUAAGUAGUGAGGUGUGCAAGUUUAGAUCCCCAAGUUUGUGUAUUGUGUAGGGUAAUUGCAGACUGGUUUCAAGGAAGGGAAAUAAAUCAGUCACCAUUGUUACCCUAGCUAGGUGUGAUUGUUAGCUGUUCGUUCUAGUCCUUAGGAUUAUUGUCAUAUAUAUGCUUCCUCUUGUCAUCUUUGGAGGGAAGUGUUGUAUGGUUGUACUGCAACUUUAAUGUUUGAAUAAAACCAUUUUCUACUUGGUGGUAAA